ACUUCAUUGUGAUUCAGAGCAAAGUAGGAGAGGGCUCGGCUUCCGGGAGGCAGUGGUGUCGGGGGUGGGGGUUGCAGUGUCUCUGCUUUGGCAUGAGGCUUAAUUGACACCUUUGAUGUAGCCUAAGACAGAACCCGCACCUCCCACUGCUGCUUGGAAGACGUCAGCCUUACGCAGAAAAGGCAUCUGCUGAUGAAUCCUGCAUCUCAUUCAGCCUGCUCUGGGAGCAGCCUUAGCCUUAACUAAUCCAACUGCUUCCCAGUUCCGCGGGUGCUCGGCUUAGUGCUGAGAGGGGACUUCGCCUCUUGCUCUUGCCAGGUUAAACACUAAGACUGUGUCCAUGUUAGAACUCAUAGAAGUUAAUGGAACCCCUGGUAGUCAGCUGUCUACUCCACGCUCGGGCAAGUCGCCAAGCCCAUCACCCACCAGCCCGGGAAGCCUGCGGAAGCAGAGGGACCUGUAUCGCCCCAUCUCUUCGGAUGAUUUGGAUUCAGUAGGAGACUCAGUGUAAAAGAGACAAUGGAACAAUGUAUAUGGUUUGUGAUUGGGUGAAGGUGUUUCACAUUUCCUAAGAAAAGUCUAACAGCAAAAUACACAAAAGAGUUUUGCAUACCUUGAAAUUAUGAACUCAAAUCAUAUAAAAGUAGAUAUACAGGCAUUUUAUAUUCAUGAUGCUAAUCCUUGAAGAUUUUUUUAUAUGUAUGUUUCCUACAUUGAUUUGAUUGGGGGACUCGAUUGCUGAGGUUUUUUUUUUUCCAAGGCCUGGCUUUAGAUGAAUUUCAGAUAUGGACCCAAGAUUGAGUAUAAGAACAAGCUAAUGAUAUAGCAAUAUAGGGUCAUAAUUUCUGCAGAUGAGGUUUUCAUUUAAUCAUAAGUAGACAAAUAGAUACAAUUUUUCUGUCCUUUUGGUCAAGCGAAUUAAAAUGGCACCAGCAAACAUAUUUUUUUUUCUAAAAGUUACAUUCUUUUGAAAAUUUGGAUUGCUGAUUUUUUAAAGCUACUUCUAUUGCAAAAUAAUAAAAAUACUCAAGUCGAUUUUUUUUUUCUUCCUGGACAGUAGACAAAGCUACUUACCAUUUUGUGGGUUAAUAUAUCUGAGGAAAAACACUCAUGUCAAGGACACAUCUCCUGAAGACUCUAACAUUAGGCGUUAGGAACUUUCCUUGUUUUUUUUCAUCAAGUAAAUUUUCUUAAGCUUACCUUUUCAUUGGAAGCAGCAUAAAUAUAGCUUAACCGAUAUACCAACAUGAAGAACUUGUUCAGUGGCAUUGCUAUAAAUUACAUAAUUCCUCCCUACAACCAUAUAUGUAAUUUUUCAAAUGUGAAAAGGCUAAAACUAGAAAACUUUUUUUUUUUUUUAAACACACAGACCUAAAAAAAUUGUGUCUGGAUUUCUUCUAAGAAGAAUCUAUUUAAAAGCAAAAUUCUCUUAAAUGCUGCUAUGUAAAUCAGGCCCUCAAUAUCCAAAUCUCCACACAGAGAAGUCCUGAUGUUUUGGAAAUUUUCAUAUGCAAAACUCCUUUUGUGUUAACCAAGUAAGUCUAUGAUUAUAACCCACUGUUUAACAUUAACCUACUAAUUCUGCCCUUCUCGUCUUCUGUUUUAAAAGUCAUAGUCAGCUUUGCUUACACAUAAAAUAAUUAUUUUAAAAUCUGAAUGUUAAAAAUUAAUCUAAUGUGUAUGGUCUAUUGUAUGUAAGCCAUACGCUAGUGAUCAUUUAGUUUUACUAGUUCAAACACUAACAAUUUAAGACUUGUGAAGCAUGGUUUUGAUAUUCUACAGGCUUGACAUAUCUCAGUAGGUGAUAAAUUAAAAAUGUAUGAUGCCAUUUGGAGGCCUUUCCUUGAGGUUUUUUUUUUCAAAUUUUACUUGAAAACUGAAUUUAAGAACAAAAUGUUUGAUUCAAGAUGGAGAGAAAUUCAAUUGUCAUAUACUGUUUUAAAUGGUAUCAAUUUAUCUCCUUGAUAAAUUGCUCAACUAUCAAAUUUUACCAUCUGGUUUAUAGUUACAUAUGUUACCAUCUCACUUUCCAAGUGAAUAAAACAUUUCAACCAAAAGAAGGAAAAAAAAAAAAAAAAGAAAGAAAGAAAAGAGUCCAGGCAAUCUAACAGCAUCUGAAAACCUAGCCUUAUAAUAAUUAGUGCCUCAUUAUCCUGUCUGUUGGAGAGAAAGACACUUCUCUGGCAGGUUAUUCGAACCGCAAACUGAAUCAUUCCAUCUUGAAAGAACAGUUCAUAAUAAUACCUGUUCCAGACUUCAGGUUUUAAAACUGUUUCCAAUAGAAAUGAACAGAGACUCCUGCUGAGAUCAAAAGGCUGCUUUGUUUUAGCUGAAACAGUAAACAUCUGUGGACUUGCCUAUGCUGGUGUCUGUUCUAGUUAUGUCUUUGUAAAAUGCAUUACUUAAUACAGUUGAAUCCAUAAAAGAUCAGUAUGUAUUUGACUGAACUGUCAAAAAUGCAAAGAAAGCAGUGGAACCGUUAACUUAAAUCUGGUGGGGUCAGAUGGUCCAGAACAAAAAUAAAUUCCAAAAAUUUUAACUUCCCUGCACUGUCAAUCUUAGGGACAAGUACUGCUUAGAAAGGUCCAAUAAAUGCUAUUUGUUCUGGAUAAGUGGCAGAUAGUGCCAAUUGAUAUGAAGCCCAUGGCUUUGUUUAGACAUGGCAAAAAGAAACUGUACUUGUACUAAUUGCCGAUAGAUAUCAUGGCCAACUUUCCAUUUAGGCAGUUCCAAAGGAAAUGCUGUUCCACAGCAUUUAAUCUUUUGAACAUAUGACUUUUAUUAAAGGACUGUUCAGAGGCAAUAUAUAUCAUUUACUUUUUGAAACUGAAGUCCCUCGGAGAUUGAAACAACACACCAUUUAUAGACUUUGAGAUCUCUUUCUAUGCAGAGCCUAAUUCCAUUAUACUAAAGCAGAAAUUAAAAAAAUAAUAAUAAUAAAAAAACCUCUUAGCAACAACCAGAAGUUUUCGGUUCAUUGGUGGAAUCAAAUUGAUGAUUUAUAGUCACUUAAGAUUUACUUAUGUACAGAAUUCUUUUUAAAAAAUUAGGCACUGAACUUUAAAAUGGUUCUACGGAGCACGAAAGAGCUCCAGCAAAAGCCAUGCAUUUUUGUCCUUAUGAUAAACCUUAAAUGUGCUAUGAAGACAUUGUGCUCUAGUCAAAAGUUUGAUACUUCUUCAUUUGCACUCACUUUUUUUCCCUUAGACAUCAUAGAAAAAGCUAGGAUAAGUAUUUCCUUGCUUUCAGCAUUUUAGAAAAUGCAAAUCAAUAGUAUAUCAAGUGUGAAGUUUGGUGUGCACUCAGAAGACUGGUUCUGAAAGCCGCGUGGUUUUUUUCUUCUUUGUCUUGCUUGAUCGGUCAAGUCGGGGGGGUGGGGGGGAUUCCACAGUGUUUCUAUACCAUCAAAGGCUUUUAAGGCCUUUCAGGUCCACCCAUCUGUACACAUCCCUGUGUUCUUAUAUUGGCUCAUCUAAAUAUUAAAAAAUCAAAUAAUAUCUUCUAAAAACAUUUUGAACCAACAUUUGUGUAUGGUAUGUGUUCCCUAUAUUAAGCAGCAGGGGUAUUUUGUUGCAUCCAUUGCAAAUCUAUACAUGAUUGGGCUUGCUUUUUGUUUUUGUUUUUUCGUUCCCCAUUUAAAAACAAUGAAGCCUGAAUGCUACAUUUCUUAAUGAAAAUAGAGAAUAAUAUUCUUGAGAAAUAAUCCCAUGUGUUGAGCUAUUGGACUGCUAAAUUUUUCAUAUGUGGCCAUAUAUCUAUACAGGCGUGUGGGUGUCUGUGUAAAUUUUCAGGGCUCAGUGUGUAUAUGGGUGUGCUUAUAUAAGUAUCUGUGUAUGUUCAUAGACCGUAAAUAGUAAAAUAUGGUGUUUGUGACACAGCCUUAUGAGUUACUGGCGCUUGUGGAAUUGUAUGUAAAACCUUCAUGUCACAAAUUGUUAAAUGUGAUGUAUUAGUUGGGGCGUUUUUAAGUUCAAAAGCAGUAUGCUAAAUUAGUAUGCUAAACUAGUAAGGCAAAAUGGUUCCAAAUAGCUGUACUGAUUUAUUUAACAAACAAACAAAAUGGAAUCCAGAUACACAAAAAAUGUGAAAUCCAAACAAAUCCAAUAUUGUGUUAAUUAUUAUACAUAAGCACAAAAUUGAUGUUUAUAUUGUUAUGUCUUGACAUUCAAUUAUCAAAAUGGGUGAAUCCUAUCACUGACGUUUCCCUAACGUGUUUGUAUUGGUGACAUGUUUUGAUUGUCAAUCAAUAUUCACUAAAAAAUGAAAUACUGAUUUAUAGAGUUGUGAGUAGAUGAGUGUUGUAUUGAAACACAAAUAUAAAAGAAUCCAAACUAUGUUCGAUUUGAAGUAAGUUGGUAACAAGGCCAGAUAACCUGUAAGGUAAUUUUUUUGUAUGUUCUUUCAAAACACUAUUCUAACUGUUGACAUAUUUUCAGUAGUAACCUUCCUAUACUCGCUAUCCGUGUGUAUACAUCUGUAUAGAUAUAUACACACUUGAAAAUGCUAAUUGAAUGAAUUUACUGUAUAUGCAUACAUUUGCCCAUUUAUACAUAUUUGCAUUAGCCUUGCUAGCAUCUUUAAUCGUGCAUGUGAGAACUAUAUUUGUUUGAAAUAUCCCACAAGAAUGUAGUGUAAAAAUGAGAGAUAUAUUGAAUUCAGUAUACCAGUUGCCUGAUGCAGUUUGUUAUACUGUCAGCUAAAAAAUAUUUGUAAUUUUGUGCUUGUAAUGCAUGUGGAAAAGAUAGGAAAUCUGAGGCCCUAGCUGUAAUUUUCAAGAGUGCAUGAUGUAUCGUGUCUUUAAAAUGUGGUUCAUUUUAGUAGGGAUGAUGGAUAAAUUCCAAGAUAGUAUAAAUGGUGCAUGUAGUACAUGGGUGUUUGUAUUAUAUAUGGCCACAGAAAUAGUUUUGAAGCCAGGAUAAUAGGCAUCUGAAAGGUCACAGGCAAAGACCUACGAAAGCUAAUUUUCUUGCGAUGUGUAUUUUUUAGUUUAUAUUCAUCAACAAGCAAGGAAUUGAGUUAUCUGUUCUAAGGAAUUUUUACUUCAAAAUACACUAUGAAUAUUGUAAAUUUGGAUGAAAUUUUUACAAAGAAUUUGACAUACUUUCUGCAUACAGUUUGAGUUGCUUGGAUGUAUAUUCUCUUAAAAAGAGCAUUUGGUGUUAAAAUGUUUUAAACAGCACUAUAUUUUAAAAAUCCAUCAAUUGAGGCCAUCCGCAGAGUUUUAUAGAGCUAAAUGAUGAGAUGUUUCAUUGCACUACCCAGUUUUGAAAGUUCCAUCACUUUGUGUUGUGGUUUAUUGUAAAAUGUUAUAGCUUGUAUUUCCCACUGGACCAUGUUAUUCCCUUCAAAGUUAACUUUGUGACACUUACCACCUUAGAAUAACUAUGUAAUAAACAGGAAAAACCACCUA